UUUUCUUUCUUCCCUCCCCAGGUGACCAUGAGCGUGUCUGUGCCUUCCAUGAACGCGGCCAUGGGCCGUCUGACCGGGCCGCUGUCCUCGCCACUGUCCAGCAUGCUGGGCUACGACGGCGCCAUGCACGGCAGCCUGAUGGUGGGGACGCCCGCGGCCGCCUCCCCCCGCACCUCCCCGCACCACAGCGCCACCUGGGGGUGUCCGCAAGUGAAGCAGGAGCCGAUCGAUCGUGACCACGACAGCAGCGGCGUGUCCUCCAUGGCGUCCUCCAUGGCCCACGGCUCGUCCUUCUUGUCCUCGGCGGCCAACACCUCGCCCAGCUCGAGCUCGUCGGCCGGCUCGCCGCCCGGUCACCACGGCUACCACCACCUCCACCACCCCUCCAGCCCCGCCGGCGCGGCCGCCCCCGUCCACAGCACCCCGGUGGCGCCGCACCCCGGCCCCGCCUCCAGCCCGCCCACCUCUGCCGCCCCCGCGGCCGCGUCGGUGCCCAGGACGCCCGGCUCUGUGGACGACAACAGCCGAUCGUCGACGUGCUCCAACUCGGAGGAUGACGCCGACGAGCAGGUCCGCCGCCUGCGCGCCACCCUGGAGGGCACCGUCAACGGCGGCCACGCGUCGCCGCUGCAGUGCCAGCUGUGCAGCUUCACGGCCGACAGCAGGGAGCGCCUCUCCGAGCACGUGGCCGCGCACUUCAAGUGCACGCUGUGCGACUUCUCCGCCGCCUCCACCGAGGGCCUCCGCGCGCACCUCCAGGACGCGCACGACCUCCAGAUGCCGCAGCAGAUGUCGCCGCAGCCCUGCGAGGACGGCUACUCGGAGCAGGACCAGGAGGAGGACCUGGAGGGCGUCGCCACGCCGCGCGUCAACUCGCAGGGCAAGGUGAAGACGUUCCGCUGCAAGCAGUGCGACUUCGUCGCCGUGACCAAGCUCGACUUCUGGGAGCACACCAAGCUCCACAUCAAGCAGGAGAAAAUGCUGUGCUGUCCCAAGUGCCCUUUCGUGACGGAAUACAAGCACCACCUCGAGUAUCACCUGCGCAACCACUUCAACUCCAAGCCGUUCAAGUGUGACAAGUGUUCAUACUCGUGCGUCAACAAGUCCAUGCUGAACUCGCACCUCAAGUCCCACUCGAACGUGUACCAGUACCGCUGCGCCGACUGUACCUACGCCACCAAGUACUGCCACUCCCUCAAGCUCCACCUGAGGAAGUACGGCCACCAGCCCAGCAUGGUGCUGAACCCUGACGGCUCGCCCAACCCGCUGCCCAUCAUCGACGUGUACGGGACCCGGAGGGGCCCCAAGAGCAAGACGUCCAAGGCCGCGCAGGCCGCGCUGCAGCAGCACCAACUGCAGCAGCAGGUGCCGCUGUCCCCGCAGCAGUUCGGCAUGUUCCCCAACCCGUACGGCCUGCCACCCAUCUUCCCGUACCCGGCCGGCCCCCAGGACGCCGCCAUUGCCGCCCCCGCGGCCCCCGCGCCAGUGGCACCGAGGCAGGGCAGCCCGCUCCUCCACCGCUGCAACUACUGCGAGUUCUCGACCCCCGAGGCCGAAGUGCUCGCACAGCACGUGUUCGUCCACGCCGAGGCCAUGCAGAGCAACCUGAUGCAGUACUUCUCGUCCAACAACAACAACAACUACUAUCAGGACGACGCCAAGGGCUACUUUGGCAAGACCGUCCCCCCGCCGGUCAGGCAAGCGUCUCCACCCGCCGUGGUCGCGCCGCCCCCGGCCCAGUCACCACCGAGGACGCCGUCGAGCCCCGUCAAGGUAGCGCCGUCGCCUGCCGCCGCGACGCCCGUGGCGGCGCCUGUGGCCGCCCUGGACCUGAGCAAGCCGGAGACCGGCGUCCAGGAGGAGGUUCGGGAGACCAAGAACAGGCGGAAGGGGCGGGCCUUCAAGCUGGAGAGGAUCGCCAUGCGCCUGCAGCACCAGUCCUCCGGGGACGAGGCCGAGCCGGACCAGCUGCUCGUCAAGGUGCCUCGGCUCAGCGCUGAGGCUCCCGCCGCCUCUGCCGGCCCCGC